GUUUCAGAGGAUUAAUUUUUUUUCUCAUCUCUUUCAAAACCAAAUACAACCAAAUGACACUUUCUCCACAAUCCCUUCCUCUCUCUUUCUCUUCUCCGUCGUCAUCAUUUUAUCAAUCUCUGUAAAUUAGUCUGAAAUCAUAUAGGAAUCCGAAACUGGGUUUGAUCAAUUUUGACUCUUUUGCAUCCAAUUUCAAUUGUAAUUGUUAUCUGUUAACCCUUCAGAAUCAGGUGGGUCGAUUCCAAGUUGGGAAACAAACCCUAGGCAACCCUCCAUUGAUGCGAUCUCUCACACAAAGUUUGAAACUUUUUCGUGAAAAAAUCUGGUCUUUUCAAAAAAGGAAAUGCCAGGGGUAGCUGUGAAGCUCUAUAGCGUCUUCUUUAAGUUACUUUUGAAACAUCGUCUUCAGAAUCUUAUUUCAAUCUCUUCUUCUUCUGAUAAAGAUGGGUUACCUGAUUCGUUUGGUGUUUCCACCCGAUCCGACGAAUCCGUCGCCGCCGCGAAUCCGUCUUUCACCGACGGUGUUGCCACCAAAGACAUACACAUUGACCCAAUGACGUCACUCACCGUAAGGAUCUUUCUCCCCGAAUCUGCUCUCUCUCCACCUGAACCCGAUUCGGUAUCUCGCCAUAAGGAUACUUAUUUGAACAACCAACAAGCCAGAUCUGAUCGGAGACACAGCUACGGACCUAACCAGAACUCUCCCGCGCCGGCGGAGAGGAAUGAGUCGCGGAGGAACAGCUACGGAUGCAACAACGAGAAUCUAGAAACCUAUGGAGGAUACGCGCCAUCUGCGAAGAGGAACUCACGGAAACUGCCAGUGAUGUUGCAGUUUCACGGUGGUGGUUGGGUUAGUGGAAGUUCUGAUUCGGCGACUAAUGACUUCUUUUGCCGGCGGAUUGCUAAAGUAUGUGAUGUCAUUGUAUUGGCCGUUGGGUAUAGGCUUGCCCCUGAGAAUAGGUACCCUGCGGCGUUUGAGGAUGGAGUCAAAGUGCUGCAUUGGCUUGGGAAACAGGCUAAUCUAGCUGAUUGUUGCAAGUCUUUGGGUAAUCGACGUGUUAAUGGUGUUGAGGUGAAGAAGCUGAGUGUUCAAGGACAGAUAGUGGAUGCUUUUGGAGCUUCCAUGGUUGAGCCUUGGCUGGCAGCUCACGCUGAUCCUUCCAGAUGUGUUCUUCUCGGGGUGAGCUGUGGUGGGAACAUAGCAGACUAUGUAGCUCGGAAAGCAGUGGAAGCUGGGAAACUUCUAGAACCGGUGAAAGUUGUUGCACAGGUUUUAAUGUACCCUUUUUUCAUUGGAAACAACCCAACACAGUCUGAAAUAAAGCUGGCAAACUCUUACUUCUACGAU